CUGCCUGUUUCUCUCCCUCAUUAAUGCGACAAAAGAGUCGUACUAAUGCAGGCAUCUGUCUUUUUACACGCUUCGUGAUAGAUGAACUGUCUUGACAUGUCGCCAUCUGUCCAUCCUGACCCAAUAAUGUCCUUCCACCUACAGCAUCGAUGACCGCCAUCCACGGACGAUGAGGAAUCAAUCAGUCAACUUCUCAGCUGACGCACUGAUUUUGACGAUUCCGACGUCGUGGUUUCGUUAGUGACCUGUGCGCUUUCGUCACGUACUAGAGAUAACAUGUUUUGUAGGUCUACAUAGACAAUAUAUUCGGGACUCUGUAUUGGCUGUUACGAAUCCUCGAGUCUGGGACCGUGGGUCCCCACUGUCACAUCGGUUCCUGAAGGCGGCGACAGAAGUCAAAGUUUUUGCCGUGUAACGUACGGUAUACAUGUCAAUCAGCUUCGCUACCAGUUCAAAUCCGCACGUCGAUCUGUGCUUCCGGAAGACUAUCACUGCUCCUAACAAAUAGUGGCCGAACAAGGCAUUUUUAUAUGCUCAUACGUUUGUUCUGCCAGCCCUGUCACGGACAGACUGGGGGCGCAUCAAGUCCACGAAGAGAGAAAAGGCCAAAUCCGUACAAAUGCCCCGUCCAUUUAGACAUCGCCUCUGCCCGGGCGUCCCCUUCUGCCCAUGGUUAAAUAUCCGAUUAGGUCACCUGAAGUCGUUUCCCCCCAUUGCGCUUUACUGGUAUCAGGUCCCAUUGUCGAGCCCGUUUCUGUAUAUUGGGAGGCGUUUCUUGUGCCCCCGAUCUCGUCAUUCCUUAAGUCUCCAUUUCUCUCCUUUGUCAAGUCGAAGGACCUCCAGUCCGAGGUUGUUGUACUUCUUGGCAUCGACAUUAUAUUCCAGCUGCUAGUUAUGUCAGUCCCUCAAGCAAACACUCACCAGAGCAAUUGGCUCCCCGUAUACCGCGUCUCAGCUCUCUCUGCCGUCAGCGGGUUCUCCGCCAUCGUCAUCGGUGUCAGUGCACAAUACAUUGUGAGCAUCCUGACGGGGACGCUAUUCAUCGACGAUGUACAAGUAUGGCCCGUCGAUACUCCCGAUACAUUCUCCGUGUUCAACUUGGCUGUCGCGGCACUGACCUUGCUCACUGUUCCCACAAUGUUGACGAUCGAUCGUCUGAGGAAAGGUGCAUUUACCUCUAUGAUCGUCGUUGAACUCAUUUGGUUCGCGAUCUUGGCCGUUCUGUGGGUCGCUGCAGCGGGCCUUACAGCGGACACCAUCACGCCUCUCAUUGAUCUAUGCAAGAUCAACCCGAGAGUUAAAAUCCUCCAGACGACGUGCAAGGACAGUCAAGUGGCUGAAGCCUUUGGGUUCUUGUCUCUCUUCAGUCUGCUAUCCUACGUUAUUAUUCUCCUCGCCCAAGCCAUAAUGUCCUCCCACCAUGGCCAUCCGGUCUGGAAGACCUCCGUCAGCAGGGCUCAAUUCAAAGGCUCUGUCGCACCCGUCGUCAAUGCCGUUCAUGCUGGUGUGAACGUUUUGCUCACUGACGGUGUCUCCGACACGCCCAUGAAAGAACACCCUAGUCCGCAAGGCCAUCCUGUACAUGUUCAACAUGCUGGAAACGGCGGACAUGUUGGGCAAGGACAGGGUCAGGGACAUGCAGCUGGUUAUUUUAACGGUGCUCUCAACACGCUCAACAACAGUAACGAUGGUGCGAAUACUGCGAAUGGGAAUGGCGCCGGGGUAUAUCAACCUGUUCCGCAACAGUCUCCGAAUCAGCUCCAGGGUUACCAGCCUCAGGAUUUGUCGUAUGGGUAUGGACAGCAGCAACAGCAACAGGAUGGGUUCAACAAUUCGAACCAACAGGGACAAUUAGGAUAUGGGCAGGGUGCGCCUGUUGGUGUUGGUGUGGCGAUGGUCUGAGUUGCCUGAAAUCUGGAUCCUUGCGUUUUUUGACGUACAAAAUAUUCCUUUCGUUCUGUGGUUGGGAAGCGCCGUGCGUGAGCCUGAGCUGUGGUUGGCAAUGAAACUCCGGGAUUGGCCUUGAGAUUUAUAUUAUUGGCGAGUGGUACUUUGGGAUCAUCGACGUCUUUGUUGUUUGUACUUGUAAUAUCUGCUAGAGCGUGCUGAUGUAUGUA